AUGGUGGAGGCAUGCCAGGCGCGGCCGACGGGGCGCAUGCCGGGCUACGGCCGCCAGCUGGUGCCGUUCUUCUCGGAGGCGGCGGAGGGCGCGGGCCAGCCGCUGGAGCACCGCGCCAGGGUAGCAAAGAAGGCGGACGCACCCAGGCCUGAGGGCCGGCGCCAGAACAAGCGGCGGUCGCCGCGCAAGGGUUCCCCCAGGAACGGCUCCCCACGCAACGGGGCAUUCAACCCUGGGCGAGAUGACGAUCGCGCGGCUCAUGGGCGCCAGUCGCCUCCCGCCCCGGCCGGCGGCAAGGCCAGGGCAGAAGAUCGAGCCGCACAGAGGAAGAAGGCAGCAGCAGCAGCAUCGUCAGUUGGGGAGGCGUUGGUUCCACGAGUGCAGGAUCGGCGCUGCCAGAAUUACGGGAGCAGGGCUUGCGCGAGGGCGGACGCCACUUUUGCGGGUCCGGGAUACUUCCUGUCCCCCCCUCCCGAGGCGCUGCCCAUGCCCACAGCGUCCCUGUUGUCGCGCGCGAUGGCUGUUUCUUACUGA